AUGACACCCCACGUGACAGUGGGUGUCAGUCCUACUCUUUCCUGGAGGCUUCAAAUUCAGAUGCCUAUGGGGCCAGAGAAACUUGAUUUAAAUCUGUGCAUUGCCAAGGGCAAGGACCUGAGAACAUGGAUGGAGAGCCUCCAGAAGUUUCAGCAGAAGGCUCUGAAGCAAACUAAGCAGAAGAAAUCCAAGUCGGCUGAAUUUCUGAUGGUUAAAGAAGAUACAGAAGCUACGGAAGGCAUUGGAAAUCCAGCUUUUAACAUGAGCCGCCCAGAUCUCUCAGCGUAUCAGACUUCAGAAAAGAAAGGUAUUAGACAUGACAUGCGCCAACAAAAAUUCAGGCUGCUAGCCUCUGCUGAACCUAAAGGAAAUGAAUACAGCAGAAAUUACUUUGACCCACCGAUGGAUGAGGAAAUAAACCCAAGGCAGUGUGGGAUGGAGGUCAGCAGAGAGGCACCUCCACAGGUUGAUAACAGUAUUCUCUGUGAUCGAUUAAUGAGGCUGUUUGACGAGAGUGGACGUGGAGGAGACAAAGAUGAGCACCUCCGGAAGGAGCCUGUGGGUCCUGAAGAGCAGAUGAUGAGUUCCAGUAAGAGUUUCGAGCUCCACAGAGAGGAUGGUGAAGCCACUUCAGCUUACAGCGAGGAGUUUGAACGAUAUGCUCUGAAAGACAAAAUUCUGCUUGGAGGUUCUUCAUUACAACAGGAAAGUCUGCAGCGUGAGCCAAUGCAGGCAGUUUGUAUGAAAAAGCCACUGGAAGCAGCUUGGGUGUUUCUGAAAAUUGAACAGGGCAGAAUUUUGAGUCGCCAGAGCAUGGCGAAUGAAUGGCAGAGACUCAGAGCUCCAAGUCAACCGUUAAUUGCAGACCUAAAUGUUUGUAAAGAAGACAACACAGCGAAGCUUGCUACCCUCCCAGAAGUAACUCAUGAAUCAAAGGGAGCAUCAGGAACUUGCUGGAAGGUUGAGCAGUCUCAGUCGCCUCAGCCUUUUCAAAUACAGAUGAAAUGCAUAAGGGGCAUCAAGAACAAGGCUCCCCAAGGCUCUUACCUCCUCCAAGUGUCCCUGCUUGGUCGACUAGGUGGCUGUGUCUUACAGUGGUGGCAAACGGAGAAGCUGAAGACUAGAACCCAUCCAGCGAGGCACGAUGGAAACUUUUAUGAUGUGGGACUGUAUUUCCAUGAAAGCCUUUAUGUGGUACUCCCUCCUAAGAAAGAUGUGAAACCUGGUAUGGUCUUCUUAUUUGAACUCUUUCUCCUUCGUGGGGACUAUGUCUGCCUUGACCAGGCUGUGGGUUGGGCAGCCUUCCCGUUGUGUGAUAACAACCUUGAUGUAGUGGAAGGAAAAUUCAAGUGUCCCCUUCUCCGAGGACAUUAUGACCAGAAACUCAACAACUUCAGGAAAAUUGAAGAUGUGAUUUGCCUUGAUUUGGAUCACUGGCUCUGCAAUCUCUAUUUUCAGGUAAUUAAACUUCCUCUAUGUUUUGCUGAUCAAAAAACCCAUGCAAGACAUACUCAGCUUCCCCCUGAAUUUCCAGUUUGUUUAAUGGCUGAGGCAAAGGAAGCAGAAUCAGGCCUGGAAAAUACAACUGGACUUUCAGAGAAAGAAAAACAGAAAAACAUUUGCACACCAAUGCACGAUGAAGCUAACGCCUCAUUAUACUCUUCUCAGGGAAGCAUUUCUCAUAAAAUUGGUUCUCGCCCUAUGAACUGUGAUCUCAGUCUCUUAAAAGAAGACCAGGAAUUACACAAUAAGGGAGAAAGCCUGGCUGAUCAUUCUGUGAAGGAAACAUCAACUGCUUGGCGAACAGGAGAAAUUGAAGAUUAUUCAUACGAUAUAUCUUAUUUGGAGGAACUGGAAAACCAUAGAUUUUCUGUUUGCUGUUCUUCAGUUGCUGAUAAUCCUGGACGUGGAGAAAUUUUCAAGCAUCUCCAUUUUUUGCUGGUGUCAGUGUUUUCAGAACUUCAAUUAGCUCAAUGGCGAAGCCAGGGCUUCUGGUAUAUUAUCCUGCUGAUGGCUUCCCUCUGGUUCCUGAGGCUCUACCUGCAUUACCUUAGCCAGUGGCUUUUCCUCCAGGCCAUUUCAACUCCUGUUACAAAAUUCCAUUUCUCCCCUCUCACGGUUGAGCUUUGCUACCCACCUUCUUCAGUUCACAUUAGAGAAGAGUUGCUUGUGGUUGUCAUGGGUCCUUUAAUGCUGAAUGCAACGAUCCUUCCUUUGCUUCUGAUCAGAUGGGGCUGUCAGCUACUGUUUGCCUACUGCCCUGACGUCUUGUCAAAGUUAAUCAUUACCAUGGGACUAUGGACAGUUCUAGACCCAUUGGCAGUGUUUAUAGUGGACAUAGUCCUGGGGCGGCUCACACAUGAUGGGGACACUCCUGUAGCUGAUGCAGCAAAGCUAUACUGGGCGUUUGUAAGAACCAUGCAAUCAGGAAUUCCUGGUGUAAUCCUCACGGUUUUAAUUUACAUCCUCCUGUUCAUCAUUUCUUCUUUGAUUUUGUAUUUGUAUUGUCUCAGAUUGCACAGUGAUUCUUGGAUAUUGGAUGCACUUCAGCGUAUCCACAGUGAAGAAACCAAGUUUUUUAUACCUUAUGAUUUGGAGAUUUCCAAUCAGGAACUAAGUUACAUUGUGAAAAGGUCCGAGCAAUGGAGGGGAAUCAGUGGUGAAAGAAGGAAGCCAUUUAAUGUUGUAUUUGACUAA